AGAAAAUUCACCACACGAGGUGUUACUUUUGUUUUUAAAUUUAUUUGGUGUAUUAUUCUCGUAAAUCUAAUUCAUUUACUUCUUCUUAUUCACCUAAACAAAUCUAGUUUCACUUUCCAACCUUAAUUAUGUUGUCGUGAUACGCAUGAAAUGGAGUGAAAGGAAUAUUGUUCUAUGGAGAUAGAGUAUUGCCAAGCAGAAUCUGAGCUCAAUGAACGUCGGUGGGAUGGGGGAAGUAGGCGGAGAGGUGGCACUCAUCGCCGACGAGCUCAGCCGUGCCGUGGAGCUCACUCUCAAUCCGACAGUCUCUCAUGAGGCUCGCAAUCAGGCCUACAAUGCUUGUGAAAGCUUUAAAGAAAGUUCACCAUGGUGUGCUCAAGCUGGGCUGUUGCUGGCAAGCGGACAGUAUUCUGCAGUUGUCAAACAUUUUGGUUUGCAACUUAUGGAGCACACAGUGAAGUACCGUUGGACACAGAUCACUCAAGCUGAGAAGAUAUUUAUUAAGGAAAAUGCGAUGAAACUGUUGUACAUCGGCGGCUGGGACCAGGGUCACCUGAACGACGCACUCGCACGGGUAAUUGUGGAGAUGAUCAAGCGCGAGUGGCCGCAGCAAUGGCCGACGUUGCUCUCCGAGCUGAGCGACGCCUGCGCGCGCGGCCAUGCGCACACGCAGAUCGUGCUUCACGUUUUCCUGCGGCUCGUGGAAGAUGUAGCUACGUUGCAGACGCUGGAGCAGCACCAACGGCGCAAGGACAUCUACCAGGCGUUGACAAGCAACAUGGCGGAGAUCUUCUCGUUUUUCAUACGGCUCAUAGAGCUACACGUGCAAGAGUUCAGAGAACACACCGCCAAGGGCGACACCAACGCUGCCGCCAGCAACGGAAGGGUUGUGCAGGUGGUCCUGCUGACGCUAACGGGAUUCGUGGAGUGGGUGUCUACAAACCACGUGGUCACAAACAACGGGCGCCUGCUACAGAUGCUCUGCAUCUUGCUGCAAGACGAGGCAUUCCAACUGCCGGCGGCAGAAUGCCUGCUGCAGGUGGUGAACAGGAAGGGAUCGACUAAGGAGCGCAAGCCGCUGAUGAUCCUGUUCAGCGAGGACGCGAUCUCGUGCAUCCACCGCGCCGCGGUGGCCAGCAUCAACGUCGCCGACGAGAAAAACUACUUGUUCCUAAAGAAGCUCUCUCAGGUGGUAGCCGGCUUAGGACAGCAGCUAACGUCCCUCUGGAGCUACGCGACAGGCGUGGAGUUCUGGAUGCCCGUCCUGCUGGAGAGCAUGCUGCUGCUGACGGCGCACCCGUCGCUGACGCUGACGCACACCGUGAGCAGCGUGUGGCUGGCCGUGUUCCGGCACGAGCACGCCAGCAAGCUGCCCGCCGUGGCCGCCAUCGUGCCGCGCUGGCUGCACGCCGCCGCGCCCAAGCUGCUCAAGGUGACCUACCCUGCCACCCGCGCGAGCGGCGCGCACGACGCUGCUACCUACGCCUGCAUAGACUACGACAGUGAACAGGAGUUCGCGGUCUUCUUCAACCGCUGCCGCACAGAGAUACUUGAUUGCUUUAGACACUGUAUGUGUGCGGCGCCGCUUGUGACGUGGGGAUACGUAGAGCAGUGGACGCGCUCCGCGCUCGACAAGGUGGAGUCGUGCCCCGCCGAGCUGGACCACACGCACCCACUUCAUGUCGAGUGGGAGGCUUUGUCGCAGGUGUUAGACGUAGUUCUAUCGCGACUGCUGCACUGCGAGCCUCGGCCGAACGUAGUGGAGGGUCUGCAACUACUGCAGCGCUGCGUGGCGUGCGCGCCGCCCGCGCCGCUCAUUCUGUCGCUGCUGCUGUCGCUCGUGUCCGCGCUGUUCGUGUUCCUGAGCUGCGCCUGCAGCCAGAUCGCAGGUCCGGGCGUGGGCGUGGCGGGCGCGGAGCUGCUGCCGCGCGUGCUGGACAAGGUGUUCGCGGCGCUGCUCACCCACAACCACACGCCGCCGCCGCGCCGCAGCCGCGCCGUCAAGAACGUGCGCCGGCACGCCGCCAGUCUGCUCGUCAAGCUCGGCUCAAAGUACCCACUGCUGCUCCUGCCGGUGUUCGGACGGCUACACGAGAUGUGCCAGGCGGCGUUGGCGCGGCCCGGGCUCAGCGCCGUGGAGAGCGUCACCAUACAGGAGGCGCUGUUGCUCGUGUCCAACCACUUCUGCUGCUACGAACGCCAGAGCGCGCUGGUAGCGCAGGUGCUGGGUGACGUGAGCUCGCGCUGGGCGGCGCUGGCGCCGCACCUGACGUCGGCGGCGUCGCUGGCGCGGCUCAUCGGGCUGGACGCGCCGCCCGCCGCCGACGACGAGCACGGCGACGCGCGCCGCACGCUGCUGCACGCGCUCACGCUGCUGCUCGGCGUCGUCAAGCGCACCACCGUGCCCGCCGAUCCUGACAAGGCGUCCCGCGGCGGCUUCAGCGCGGGCACGACGCCGAGCGGCAACCCUAUCUGGCGCAACCCGUGCGGCGCGCACGUGCUGCCGCUGUUCCCGCACGCGCUGGCCCUGGCGCGCGCGCUGCACGAGCUGCACGCGCCGGGCGCGCUGCACGCGGCGCACGCGCGCGCGCUCGCGCCGCCGCCCGCCGAGCGCCGCAACCUGCUCGGGCUCGCCGAGAGCGACGCGCCGCCGCCCGCGCCGCACGACCGCAUGCAGGGCUACGUGCACACGCUGCACGACAACGUGUGCCACCUGGUGGGCGCGGCGGCGACGACGCUGGGCCGCGAGCUGUACUCGGCGCCGGGGCUGGCGCGCGCGCUGCUGGGCUCGGUGCUGGCCGUGGAGCACCUGCCCGAGCACUGGCUGCGGCCCAUCGCGCGCCACGCGCUCAAGCCGCUGCUGCUGCACUGCCCGCCCGCGCACUACGCCGACCUGGCGCUGCCGCUGCUCGACCACCACGCGCCGACCAUGUUAGUACAUUUAUCACAACGAUGGGAAUACAUCGCUUCCCUAUACGAGUCCGGUAAACUGGAGGAAGAGGGCAGCAACGAGUCACAGGAAGUCUUAGAAGAUAUGCUAGUCAGGCAUCUAACGAGGGAACACCUAGAAGUGCUCAAGGUGUCUCUGGUGGACGGCGGGGUGAGCCCGGAAGCCGUGACGGGCGCGGGCGACAUGGAGGAGGACAGUCCGCCGGCCGCCAGCUCGGCGCGCGCGCCCGAGCAGGUGUCGGAGCUGGGCGCCGUGGUGCUGGCCUCGCCGCGCGCCGGGCCCGCCGUGCUGCACACGGUGCUCCGCGCGCUGACGUGGCCGGACUCGACGUCGUCGCUGCGCGCGACGGCGCUAGCGUGGCCGGCGCUGCGCUGCGCGCUGGACGCGGGGCUGGUGGGCGAGGCGGAGGCGAGCGGCGCGCUGGCCGCCGUGCUGCAGGCGCUGCGCGCGCACGGCCAGCACGACGCCAACCAGGCCGCGCUGCUCGCGCUCGCCGUGCAGGCAUACGAGACGCUGCGGCCACGCUUCCCGCACGUGGCGGGCGUGCUGCGCGCCAUCCCCGACGUGGACGCGCACGACCUGCGCCGCCUCGACGAGAAGCUCGCGCCCGGCAACGCCAAGCAGAACAAGAUCGACAAGACCAAGCGCGACCUCUUCAAGAAGAUCACGGCUAGGCUGAUCGGGCGCAACGUGGGGCAGCUGUUCAAGAAGGAGGUGUACAUCCUGGACCUGCCGCACAUGGGCAGCGCGCGCCGCGAGCCGCCGCGCAGCGCGCUGGACGCGCCGGGCGGCGCCGGCCUGCCCGGCCUGUUCGCGCCCGCGCCCGCGCCCACCUAGCCGCGCCCCGCACCGCCGCGCAGCGCGCUGGACGCGCCGGGCGGCGCCGGCCUGCCCGGCCUGUUCGCGCCCGCGCCCGCGCCCACCUAGCCGCGCCCCGCACCGCCGCGCAGCGCGCUGGACGCGCCGGGCGGCGCCGGCCUGCCCGGCCUGUUCGCGCCCGCGCCCGCGCCCACCUAGCCGCGCCCCGCACCGCCGCGCAGCGCGCUGGACGCGCCGGGCGGCGCCGGCCUGCCCGGCCUGUUCGCGCCCGCGCCCGCGCCCACCUAGCCGCGCCGAGCCGAGAACGUUACACUACCCGCACACCAAACCGACGACCGACCGACUCUCAUCAUUUUUCUCGCGUAGUUUUCUACGACGUCUCGGUAUCGUCUUACCGGAUGUGACAAUAGUACAUUAUCCGUUUUCACGCCGAGGCAUGUAUAGUGCUUUUCUCAAACAUACAAUGAAAUAAAAAAAAAUGCUCUAAAGGACAAUAUUUUAUAAAAAAAAGUUACUUUGCAGCCCUAGGCCUAAAAAAUAAUAUGAAAUCCCUUUACAGUCCUCUCGAGUUGUUGCGCCCAAAAAGCGAUACUUCCCAGCCCAUUUUAAGGAACGUAAAGACAAUAUUUCAUUGCAUGUUUGAGAAAAGACUUUUUUUAUGACGGGCGCUUUUCCAACUCUUGAUCAUCAAACACUACUGACGAAAGUGACGAAUGAAGAAAGGCCGACGAAAGCAGAAUAUAACGAAUUUAAAAACUUUACAAAAAACGAAUGGGACGAUCCACACGCUCACAUUAAUAACGCAUAGAUAGGUAGUGUGUCCUAGUGAAGCCAUUUCGAGUGAGACCGCACAGAGCACUCGAAGUCAUAUCGAUUUGUAUCUUCCAAAAAAAAUUAAAGUACAAGUAAGAUGGUACUUUGUGCAGUGCAGGGAAUGGGUGUUACAACGCAACAUAUAUUAAAAAUAAACCUCCCUAACUAACUAUGGGAUAUGGGUUAAAUUGUGGUGUAGGCGAGAGGCUGGCAACCUGUCACUGCAAUGCCACAGUUUCGUUUUCUUUUAACCCCUUAUUUGCCAAGAGUGGUCCUGAAGCUUUAGUAGUUUCAUGUGCUCUGCCUACCCCUUUAUGGGAAAGAGGCGUGAUUGUACGUAUUGUAUGUAUGUUGUAUGUAAACCUCCCUACAUUAUAUUUCACGCGUAAUUAUAGAGUUUACCUAUAUCAAACAUGUUUCGGCUUCACUUUUGGGCGAUGAGUCGUAUGGAGAUUAUCGGUCUAUGUGUAAUACGACCACACGCGGAUGUAAAUGUCGUUCCUGGGCCCCGGUCGUUGGUUUGGUUUGCGGAUGUUGUGCCUCCCCAUGUCGGCAUAUUCAUAUUUCGAUUUAGGGCCGGUUGCACCAAACCGUCUGGCACCGUUAAAGCGUUCGUUAAAUUUUAUUGUAUGAGAAGUUCCAUAGAAAUCUGCUGAGUGACGAUGAUGUGUCUGUCAAAUGUGGUUGGUGCAACUGGCCCUUAGUGGGGUUCGCCGCUCGUAAAAUGGAUCUUAUUUUAUACUCUUAUCUUUGUAGUGGUCGUUCUAAAGAGAUCGAGACGCUGUCGGAAAGUUGUGAUAACGCCGUUGGCCGGCCCGACUGUUUGUACGUCUCUAAAUACUGGCUAGUGGACUGUAAUUAUUUUAAAUCGCAGGUAGGUGUUGAUUAGAAUAAUCCGGCUAUACGAUAGGAGCAUAGCUAUCGUAGUAUAAAAAUCAACAUUAAAUAGGGCCAAUUGACGUGUUUGCGCCACAAUUAUAAUUUUAUGUAAUCAUAAACAUUCAACGUGGCACUAAUUUUUUCUUCUAAUAUCGCUUCGCUUAUGUUAUGUGCCAUAGUAAAUAGCGAUUGCACAAAGAAACAAGGCAUAUUACAGUUAUUAUGAAUCACGUAAUUGCCGCAGUAUGCCUCAAAAACAAAUGCUACAUUAACUAAAAUAAUCAUAUGUAUAGUAAAAGACAUACAUAUGAGCCUAAGCGGUUCUUAUUCUGAAAUAUUUAUGGCAAUGUGCUGAUUAUAACGCGCAUGUUGGUAUAUAAUUAUAGCGCAUAGGUACAGUCGUCAACAAAUUAUUUCGGAGCGGCCAAGGUGACUUCUGAACACGCCUCUGUUCCAGUCAAUCGUUAAGCGAAUGUUCGGCCGUUUUGAUAUAUCUGAUGACAACUGUACAAUUGUAUAUACUUGUAAACUGACUGACGUAAGGUUCCUAAACAACGACUGCUCAUGUGAGAUUUAGUGUGACUUUGGAACUAGCUAUUAAUUUUGCACUUAUCUCAUAUCCAGAUAUAUGAGGUAGUCUGACAGUGAAGGACAUGUAUUUCAUAAGAUUACAACAUUAAAUUUGUUUAUUUUACCUUUGUAGAGUGUUUUAAAGUGUCAGCAUGGGCAUGCACAUGGGCUGGCACAUGUCAUCUCAGUAAGUACUAUUUUGUAAGAUCCUGCUUCUAAUUUUUGAAGUUAUGUUAUCUGUCACCAUUCACCGUAGGUACUCAUGUUGUUCGAAAGUACUUUAAAAUUAGGUCUGGUUUGCAUGACUUAAUCUUAUUUUUAAAUACGUAACUAAAAUAUACUGUCAGUUUAGUCUUCCUAAGGCCUGAUUUAGACGGCGUGCGAACUCCCAUGCGAUUUUAGUUACAUUGCGCACUGUUGAGGUUACAUACAAUUUUGCACAUCCAUCAAAUACCGCAAUGUAAUAAAACUCGUAUGCGAGUUCUCGUACCGUCUAAAUGGGCCCUAUUUCUGUAUAAUUACUACAUGAGCUAAGGUCUUUUGAUUCAUACAAAUGUGGACUACUUUUAGGUUAUGUUGUAAUGAUAAGUGUCAGAAUUUGCCUCAUCUGCCUGCGAGAAAAGACUGUUAAAUGGGUGUAUAAUUUGAAUUUUGAUACGUGUUUGAUUACAUCGUGUAGCCGGUUGUGAAUAUUAGCCAUAUCGUACUCGUACUCAGCUCCUACUUGUACUCGCAAUGUUAAACAUUCUAAUGUGAAUAACCAUUUAUAUGUUAAUAAUUAAAUUAUGUUAUGAAGUGAU